AGAGGAGGAGGAUAGAAGAAAGAAAGGAGGCGAGGAAAGGAGGAAGGACGUAGCCCCGUAAUUAAUUCAUCCACGCAGUCUUGGCGCCAAUCCGAUUUACGGAGAAAUCUAUAGAAUUUUAAAUAUCCUAAUAAAUCUUCGACCAGCCUUUGUUGCCUUCACGUCCACCGAGAGGUGCUUUUCUUCGGGGUUCGACUGAUAAAACACAGCUACGAAAAUGGGGAGGAAGUCCAGCAGAGCGAAGGAGAAGAAAGCGCGGCGUCUGGAGGAGAGGGCGGCCAUGGACGCCGUGUGCGCCAAGGUGGACGCAGCCAAUAAGCUUGAGGACCCCCUGGCUGCGUUCCCAGCCUUCAAAAAGUACGACAGAAAUGGGCUGAACCUACAGAUCGAGUGUAAGAGAGUGACCUCCCUGAACCCGCUGGCCGUGGAGUGGGCCUUCGAACUCACCAGAGCCAACAUGCAGGCGCUAUACGAGCAGAGCGAGUGGGGCUGGAAGGAGAGGGAAAAGAGGGAGGAGAUGAACGACGAGAGGGCGUGGUACCUGCUGGCCCGGGACGCAGACUCCACCCCCGUGGCCUUCUCUCACUUCAGAUUCGACGUGGAGUGCGGGGAGGAGGUUUUAUACUGCUACGAGGUGCAGUUAGAGAGCAGAGUGAGGAGAAAAGGGCUCGGCAAGUUUCUCAUCCAGAUACUACAGCUCAUGGCUAACAACACACAGAUGAAGAAAGUGAUGCUGACGGUCUUCAAACACAACCACGGGGCGUACCAGUUCUUCAGAGAAGCUUUACAAUUCGAGAUCGACGAGACCUCGCCGAGCAUGUCCGGCUGCUGCGGGGACGACUGCUCCUACGAGAUCCUGAGCAGGCGGACCAAACACGGCGAGGCCUCGGCGGGGCACCCUCACGGCGGCGGGCACUGCGGGGGCUGCUGCCACUGAUCGGCCACGCCCCUCCGAGCCCCGCCUUUCGGCUGCGAGUCGGAACCCGCUGUCGGGUGAAAUCUGUUUAGUUUUGUGUAUCUGUUCGUUCUACAGAGGCUCAAACCUUCACGUGUUACUACUUCUUUUUUUUUAACUUUCCCUGACUUGUUGCCCUCCUCCUUUCAUCCACUCAGACCUGACAGUUAUUCCCAAUCAGAAAAAAGAACUGUGAAGACCACUGAAACAGUUUUUUUUUCUUUAAUCUGUAUAAAUAACAGAAAAUAAGAUUUAAAGUUAAUCUGUAAUUUUCUUGACCUCAUGCUUCUUUAACAAAUCUGUCACAAAUGAAGUUUUAUUCAUGUCAACAGAAACAAAAAGCUGCAGUUUUCAACCACGAUAUGUCAUGAAACAUCCUUUUAGUUCAUGAUUUACUUAAAUAUCCUGCUUUGAUUUUACUUUUUUAAAUUUUGAAUCUAAACAUGGCGUUUUCUUCACCUCGUAGUAAAAUCUUCCUCUUCUCUUCUUGUUGGUUAAACUCCAUAUUUAAACCUGGUUGGAUCAGAGGUUCAAAUGAAAGUUAUCUUUUAGGUUUAAAUAGUGAGAAUACAUUAGUUUAAUUAAAAAAAACCUCUGUCUUGUGUCGAUGCUUUCAGAUGGAGGAGAAAUGCUGCGUUGUUAAAACUGCAUCUGCAUGGCGGGCGAUCAGACGCUCUUAUUUUUGUCACUUUUACAAACUCGCGUUCAUCUUUUCUGAUUUUUCAAAGAAUCUGCUUUUAGAUGCAUUUAAUUAUUAAACUAGUUUACUGUUUGGAUUUAACUAAGCGGGGGAUUAGUGGUAAAAUAAGAACUUAUUUUGUUUGAACAUUCCUUUUCUCACUUUUUAGUUUUUGGUCAGUUUGUUCAGCAUGUCUGUGAGGAUUUUAAGUUUUAAAGUGGUCGUAUCUGAGGUUUUGUACGGUUUAAUGUUCAGAAAAAUGACUCGGACUGGAUGAAGUUAAAUUAAAAUGUCAUUUAUCACAAAGAAUACAAUGUAUUGAUAAUUAAUAUGAAUCAAGUGUUGAAAGUUACUGUUUUUG